UUCGGUUUCAGCAGCUAAGACCAGAUCGCCGUCUUUGCUUGCUCGCCGGCCAUGGAGACGACCGUUUUCCGAACGACACAGAGCGCCGAAGGGCCGGCGACGAUCCUGGCCAUCGGCACCGCCAACCCCGCCAACGUCGUCGACCAGAGCGCUUAUCCUGACUUCUACUUCCGGGUCACCGACUGCGAGCACCUGCAGGACCUCAAGGCCAAGUUCCGGCGCAUCUGUGAGCGAGCGGCGAUCAGGAAGCGGCACUUGUACCUGACGGAAGAUAUUCUGAGAAAGAAUCCGAGUCUGCUGGCCCCGAUGGCGCCGUCGUUCGACGCCCGGCAGGCGAUCGUGGUGGCGGCGAUACCGGAGCUGGCGAAGGAGGCGGCUGAGAAGGCCAUCAAGGAGUGGGGCCGGCCCAAGUCGGACAUCACGCACCUCGUGUUCUGCUCCGCCAGCGGCGUCGACAUGCCCGGCUCCGACCUCCAGCUCCUCAAGAUGCUCGGCCUCCCCAUGUCCGUCAACCGCGUCAUGCUCUACAACGUGGGAUGCCACGCCGGCGGCACUGCGCUCCGCGUCGCCAAGGACCUCGCCGAGAACAACCGCGGCGCCCGGGUGCUCGCCGUCUGCUCUGAGGUCACCGUGCUCUCCUACCGCGGCCCCGACGCCGCCCACAUCGAGAGCCUCUUCGUGCAGGCGCUCUUCGGCGACGGCGCCGCCGCCCUCGUCGUCGGAUCUGACCCCAUCGACGGCGUCGAGCGCUCCAUUUUCGAAGUCGCCUCUGCUUCUCAGGUGAUGCUGCCGGAAAGCGCGGAGGCGGUGGGCGGCCACCUGCGCGAGAUCGGUCUGACCUUCCACCUGAAAAGCCAGCUGCCGGCCAUCAUCGCGAGCAACAUCGAGCAGAGUCUGGUGGCGGCGUGCGCGCCGCUGGGAUUGACGGACUGGAACCAGCUGUUCUGGGUGGUGCACCCCGGCGGCCGGGCGAUCCUCGACCAGGUGGAGGCGCGGCUCGGACUGCAAAAGGAGCGGCUGGCGGCGACGCGGCACGUGCUCAGCGAGUUCGGCAACAUGCAGAGCGCCACCGUGCUGUUCAUCCUCGACGAGAUGCGGAAGCGGUCGGCGGCGGAGGGCCGCGCCACCACCGGCGAGGGAGACGAGUGGGGCGUGCUCUUGGGCUUCGGCCCUGGCCUCUCCAUCGAGACCGUCGUCCUCCGUAGCGUCCCCACUUGAUGAGCUAAGGAUAAGCAUCCAUAAAUAGAAACAAACAUACCACAAUAUCUAUAAUUUGAUCAUCUUUUAUCCUAAUUAUGGUAAGAACCACAUCUUUGUUGUAAAUUUCGAGUGGUAAAUCUGUAAAAGAUUCAUGUGUCGGAGACGAAUCAAUCUAUCGAAAAAUUAAAUAAAAUGGGAUUUGCCGCUCUGUUUCUGGCGGUUACUAAA